AUGUCUUACAAGAAUAUUGCUCACCAGAAACAGCUACAGUUAGAGGCUCAGAUACCACCGCAAUGGCGUCUCAAUGCCUCGCAGAUCCCACCGGGCCUGCUCUCUCCUGCCGACUCAAUCACGAACACAGGCCAGUAUGAAGCCAUCAACGUCCUAGAGAUCCCUCGAAUCUGCGGCCUUCUUACGCCCGAGGAGCUGCACAUCACGGAGCAGUACGAUAUCCGCUCCUUGUUGGAUGCGAUUCGCGAGAGGAAGUUCACCUCCAAGGAGGUCGUCGAAGCUUUCUGCAAGGUAAAUGACCUAGUCCCGUGCUCUCAUCUCCCAGUCAGUCUCACCUCACACUCCCAGCGAGCGGCAAUCGCACAGCAACUCACCCGUUGUCUCACGGAGCCUGUCUUCGAGCAAGCCCUCCGACAAGCCCAGAAGCUUGACGACCAUCUGCAACGCACUGGCGCGCCCAUCGGUCCGCUUCACGGCCUGCCUGUCUCGGUCAAAGAUUCAUUCCAUCUCGCCGGCGUGGACUCGACCACAGGCCUCGCUGCUCUGGCCUCUCGCCCCGCAGCCCACAGCUCUCCACUCGUGCACCUUCUCACCUCUCUGGGCGCUAUCAUUAUCGCCAAGACCAACGUCCCACAGACCAUGGCCGCCCUGGACUCCUGCAAUCAUCUGUUCGGCCGGACGCUCAACCCGCUCAACCGCCGUCUCACCGUCGGUGGCAGCACGGGCGGCGAAGCGGCCCUCCUUGCAAUGCGCGGGUCGAUGGUCGGCUUUGGCACGGACAUUGGCGGCAGCAUCCGGAUCCCCGCCAUGUGCACCGGGCUGUAUGGAUUCAAGCCCAGUGCCGGUCGCGUGCCGAUCGCGGGGACGCAAGACGCAGGGAGCAUGGCCGGCAAGGGGAGGGUGAGUCUGCAGCCGGUGGCCGGCCCUCUCGCCCGCUCGGUGGCGGAUCUGGGGACCGUGAUGGCUGAGAUCGUGCCUCGCGCGGAGCUGUUCAGUGAGGAUGGCAUUCCGGGGGUUUGGUCUGGCUCCAGGAUCAGUUAUGCUCCGUCUGUUCGUGGUGGUGCAGCCGGUGUCACCCAGCCUCCUUCAUUCGGGGAGCGUCAGGUUCUGACCAUAGGAGUUCUCCGUGGCGAUGGGCUCGUCGAGCCUCUACCUCCCAUUGCCAAGGUCCUCGACGAGGUGGCCCAGUUGCUGCGUCACACGCCCGGCGUCAGGGUUGUCGAGGUUCCAGUGCCGCCAGCUCUGAGCAAAUGCCAAGGCAUUGCCGGUCGAUUGAUGGGGGUAGACGGGGCCAACCCCAUGAUGGAUCUGCUGGAGGCCACUGAGGAGCCGCUGAUCCCGUGGUUGAGGGGUCGAAUGAAGCGGGGCCGAGAGCUGACGCUCGCGCAGGUCGGGGCGUUGCAGGCGCAGCGGGCCCAGCUCGAGAGGGAGAUGUUGGCGAUGUGGAGGACGCGAAGCACGACAGCUACUGCGGGCUGGGCCCGAGAUAUCGAUGCGAUUAUCCACCCGGUGGCGCCGCACCCGGUGCCGGAAUUGGAUCGAUACAAUGCAGUAGGGUAUACCUCGUCCUGGGUGUUGCUUGAUUACCCGGCGGGCACGAUCCCUGUGCGCGCGUUCCGGGAGGAUGAUCUGGAGUUGGGCAAGGAGAUGACGGCACCAGUGCUGGGGAGCUGGGAUAAAGCCAAUCGAUUACUCUGGAACCAGAAGACUGUUGAUCGUCGAGUGUACUUGGGCUCGCCGCUCAGUGUGCAGGUUAUCACGCCCACGCAGCAUGACUACGAACUUUACCAGGCUAUGGAGCUGAUUGAUCGAGCUGUGAGGGGAGAAGCACGCGUUUCUGCCAUGCUUUGA